UUUUUUUUACAAAUAAGUCGAUUUUAACGUUAUUCAUUUAUGAUAAGGUUGAGAACCGCUGUCCUAGAAAAUCACUUCUCUCGAUUGGUAAAUUUUCAUUCACCGGGUAUAUGACUGACAGAGUGAUUUGGAUAUGAACUUUCAUACAACAAAUAUAUAAUUUAUUAAACGUAGAUUAUAUUUGUCAGCAAAUUAUAAUUACUUUCGUAUUUUACAUUUUUAUAUCUAAAAAUAAUGUGCAAUUUUAAAUUUUGUCAAAUAGUUUCAUAAAGCAGUACAGUGGAAGAAAUAUAUAAAUGUGUAAUAUUUAGAAUAAUUUUAUGUAAUUUUUUAAUAAUUGUGAAAAAUGAAUCAAAUGUCUAGAGAAGAAAUUAAUAUUAGACGUCUUCUAACAAGGUGCGAAUUAAUGGCAAAAGAUGAUCCUCAUAAAGAUUGGAAACUUGAAAAGUACAUAUUUGCUUUGGAUGAUAUGAUAAAAGAGUUACAAACAAUACCAAGCAAACCGUGCAAAGAUACUAUGAUGAGCUAUGUUAAACGAAUAGAUUUUCUAAAAGGAUUAAUAAAUACAACAAAACUUACAAACCCAGUAGAUAGAGUAGCAGCAGUACAAAUGCUAUCAAAAAAUUCUGCAACAUUCAAUGAUACAAUAGGUCCAAAUAUAACAACUCAAAUACAUCAGAAAACUUCAGCAAAAUAUAAUCUAGAAUUAAGAGCAGAAUUAUUCCAUACUGAUAAAGUUUGUUAUAGGAACAUUAGAGGAUGGCGUAAGACAAAGAUUAUCCACAAAUAUGCAAGAUGAUGAUUUGGAUGCGCUUUUAAAAUACAAUAGAAACAUUCAAGAGAAAAUUGCUGAAAAUAUGCUUUCUAUGACCAGUAGCAUGAAAGAGCAUGCUUUAGCGGC